UGCGGCGUCUCCGCUGAGUGGAAAAGGGGCGACACAAAAUCGCCAUGGCCCACACGUUGGCGCCCUACCUGGAGGUGAUUCGCCACACGCUGAAUGCUGCACUUUGUUUGCAGAACUACCCCUCGCAGGUGGUGGAGCGACAAAGCAGGCCUGAGAUCGAGUUCAAGGACACAGCGGCCGUUGUUCCAAAGCCACUGGUGAUUGCGAGAGAUGAGAAUGAGAAGUGCCUCAUCGAGCCUUCGGUGAACUCGGUGAGAGUCAGCAUCAAGGUCCGUCAGUCGGACGACACGGAGAAACUGCUCUGUCGGAAGUUUGCUGGCUUCUUUACUCAGAGAGCAGAACAUUUCGUGAUUCUCCGGCGAAAACCGGUAGAAGGGUACGACAUCAGCUUCUUGAUCACCAACACACACCUGGAGGAGAUGAUGAAGGAUCGUAUUGUCGACUUCAUCAUCGAAUUCAUGGAGGACAUUGACAAGGAGAUCAAAGACUUGAAGAUUGCUCUGAAUACCCGCCUUCGGGCGGCAGCAGCGGCGUACAUGUCUCAAUUUUCUCAGCGGGGCUAAGCCCGAAUGAAGUCCUUGGAACGUGAGCAAAAACUUGAAAGUGGGAAAACGUCGAAGUUCAGCUACUGAGAGAUAUGUAGAGUAUUGUAGAGUGGUAGUCAUUGAAGUCAUUUAAUGGCUUGGCGCGGACAAAAGACAAUGCCUUUUGUUCCGGAUUGGCGGCCCAAAGUGCCAGCCAUCGAUUCAGUUAGCCUCAAUGCUUUUUGCUGCAGAGAUGUGCUUUGUCGC